UAAAAAUAGAACUUUUUCUUCCAAGCUUCAGUCGGCUGACAAGGUGUCUCAUUGGAGGAGCAUUCUUCUUUACCUGUGACGUCAAAUAUGAAGCGAUGUGAUGAAGUCAUAUAAGACGGUAAAGUCUAUCGAAGAGUUUCUCAUUAGUAUUUUCGUUUUUCCCGCCGUUCGAAAGUUCGAACUUUUACUUUUGCGCUUUCUUCAAACUGUAAUAUCUUUCGAGCGACAGCUUGGAUAGAGGGUUUGCAAAAUUUUAACUGUUAAAUCUUUUUUAGUAUUAAAUGAAUCAUGAACUUAUUUUAGUAAUUAUAGCUCGAAGAAUUUGCAUUUGCACUAAAGAUUGAAAACAAUUUUUUACUUGGUGGUUCGUUUUAUUUGAUUAAUUUUCAAGAUGCCGGAUUUUGCUAUGAAUGGACAUCUAGAAAAAACUAAUUCUCAGUCCGGGAAAACUUCUUCUCAAACACCAAAAGUUCGCUUCGAAAGUUUGAAAAUAGAAUGCAUGAAUGAUUAUCAUAAAAUGUAUGAGUUAUCAGUUGAAAAUCCUGACAUCUUUUGGACUCGCAUAGCAGAUGAGUUUGCCUGGAAAACGAAGCCCAGUGAAAACUGCUGUAGUUUCAACUUCGACCCUACGAAAGGCCCAGUGACCAUAAAAUGGUUUGGAACUGGCGAAACAAAUCUUUGUUAUAAUGCUUUGGACUUCAAUAUUCAGAAGGGCCUCGGAAACAAGAUAGCUUAUUAUUGGGAGGGAAACGACGUACACGAACGGAAAUCCAUCACAUACAGGCACCUCCUGAAGAUGGUAUGCAAGUUCGCCAAUGUUCUGAAAGACAAAGGUGUGAAAAAAGGUGACAGAGUUACCAUUUAUAUGCCCAUGAUCAUUGAAGCUGUGGCCGCUAUGCUAGCUUGCACAAGAAUAGGCGCUGUACAUAACGUUGUUUUUGGUGGAUUCUCUUCAGAUUCGCUGGCCGAAAGAAUUCUAGAUUCUGAAAGUAGAAUCUUGGUUACUGCAGAUGGGUUCUGGCGUGGAAAUAAGCUAAUAAAUUUAAAGCUUCUUGCUGAUGGCGCCAUCAAGCAAUGCGAGGCAAGACAUUUUCAAGUAAAAACCAUUGUAGUUCGACAUCUUGGGGAAUCUCAGAACAAUAAUAUCAACGGAUUCAAAACACAUCGUGCUACCAAAACUACGCCAGAUAUACAGAUCUCCUGGGAUCCUGAUGUGGACAGUUGGUGGCACGAGGAGAUGGAUGUGGCACCUGUUAAUUGUGAACCUGAAUGGGUCGAAGCUGAACACCCUCUCUUCAUUCUAUACACAAGUGGUUCUACUGGUAAACCCAAAGGUGUACUUCACACCACAGCCGGUUACAUGAUAUACUCAGCUACAACAUUCCAGUUUGUAUUCGCUCACAAGCCAACAGAUGUGUACUUCUGCACAGCCGAUGUUGGUUGGAUCACGGGACACACCUAUGGGGUGUAUGGUCCUAUGCUGCAAGGCGCUACAUGUGUUCUGUUCCAGGGUGUACCAACUCAUCCUGAUCCUGGUCGGUACUGGGCUGUCAUCGAACAUUACAAUGUUACUAAAUUCUACACAGCUCCUACAGCUAUUCGAACUCUAAUGAAAUAUGGUGAUUCUUAUGUCAAAAGUUACAAUCUUGAAUCCUUGGAAGUCCUGGGAUCUGUAGGAGAACCCAUCAAUCCAGAGGCCUGGCAAUGGUACCACAAACUCGUCGGUGGAGGGAAAUGUUCUAUUGUCGACACUUACUGGCAAUCCGAAACGGGAGGACAUGUUUUAACUCCUUUGCCAAAAUGUACACCUUUGAAACCAGGAUCAGCCACAUUACCCUUCUUCGGAGUGGUUCCUGUCAUCUUAAAUGACCAAGGUGAAGAAAUCGAAGGACCAGGAGAAGGAUACUUGGCUUUCAAAAAACCGUGGCCUGGAAUGAUGAGGAGCUUAUAUGGCAAUUACGAAAGAUUUGCAGCUACCUACUUCAGCAAAUUUCCUGGGUAUUACAGCACUGGAGAUGGUGCUCGUAGAGAUUCCGACGGCUACUAUUGGAUCACUGGUCGCAUGGACGAUAUGUUAAAUGUAUCUGGUCAUCUGCUGUCUACUGCAGAAGUGGAAUCUGCCCUCGUUGAGCACUCAUCAUGUGUGGAGUCUGCUGUUGUUUCAUUACCUCAUCCCCUGAAAGGAGAAUGUCUCUAUUGUUUCGUAGUUCUUGAAGAGGGUGUCAAACCUGCUGCCGAUCUGAUAACGAAACUAAAGGACCAAGUCCGCUCCAAAAUCGGUGCUCUCGCCGCUCCAGAUUACAUCCACUUCGCAAACGCCCUGCCCAAGACCCGCUCUGGAAAAAUCUUGAGAAGAAUCCUGAGGAAAAUCGCCAGAGAUGACCGGGACCUCGGAGACACGAGCACUCUUGCAGAAGAAUCGGUCGUUCAGGAACUCUUCGACACAAGACCUGCUGCCCUCAACGGACUCUCUUGAAGCACAAAGCAUUUAUCUGUAAAAAGAAGGAAAAAUAUGUAGAUAGUGGAAAUUUUUAUGUAUAUAUUUGCUUUAAUUUUAAUAGGUUCUUUAAGAGCGUUGUUUUCUUAAUCACAUUAUGAAUAUUGGUAAUAAAACCUUAUUUUAAUA